AUGGAUGCCCUGAAAAGAUACUUAAAACCGCAUCAAAUUGUGCCCUUAAUACUGUAUCCGUCAACGGUGUUUGUGGCCUUUUUAUAUUCCAUCAUUGGCCAUCCACCAGACUCCUACUUUAGCAGCAAACGCAACAUUUUCAACGUCUUUUUUGUGAAAAUUGGAUGGUUCUGGGUGACACUCCUCUACUUUGUCUACCUGUAUCUCGUGCGAUCCAGAAGUCUGCAAAAUACACAAGCCUUUAUUGCAGGUAGUGCACGCUAUGUAUUGGUGACGUUAUAUUGGUACAUUAUGACCCAAUGGCUGUUUGGACCAAGCUUCAUUGACAGAGUCUAUGUCUUGACGGGCGGCAAAUGCACCUCAUUGUUGCAAGACACCAAAUUAAAUGCAGAGUUGGCCAUGGUGGUUCAGCAGCAAGUGUGUCGAAGAAUGGGGGGUCAAUGGACGGGUGGACAUGAUGUGUCCGGUCAUUGUGUCUUGUUGAUUCACGCAAGUAUGUUCUUUUGGGAGGAAUUGAGUUGGAUGUUCUACAAUGCGAAGCCUUUCCUCCAAAUGAAAGUACGCGAUCGUGCGCAGUAUCUCUCUGUGGUCAGCCUCCUGUUGUUGGCAUCGUUGUGGUAUGUCAUGCUCUUUAUGACAGGUGUAUAUUUCCAUGGCCAUUUUGAAAUCUUGUCUGGUGCCAUCUUUGGGUUACUGGGAUGGGCAUUAUUGUAUCUAGGCGUAUUCCCUAGACUGCCAUCCGUGGGUCUUCCCCCAACUACCACCCUCUAA